AGGAGAGGCGGAAGCAAGCCAGGCGCAGGCGCGGGAGACGCAGAACCGCCGGGCUCCUCCGGCUGCCGUUGCUGCUGCUUUUGUGGGGAGGGGCCGAUCGCGAGGGGCGCAGGGAGGCCGAGCCGAGCGCGGGGCCGCCUACCGAUCAUGAAGCCCCCGCGGGUGCCGGGUCCGCGGAAGCUGCUGGCCGGGGUGGCGGCCGCGCUUGCCGACAAGGGAGUCCCGGCGCUGGACGAGCAGCUGCAGGAGCUGGAGAGGAGGCUGCAGUGCCGGGCCCGGCAGGCCCGCGAGCGGCGGCUGCGGAAGGUGAUGGAGGCCGCGGAGCCCCCCGAGCGCACCUUGACCCUCCGCGCCAUGGAGCAGAUCCGGUUCCUCCACCGCGCCUUCCCCGGGGAGUGGCCGGCCGGCCGGCUGGCGCAAGGCUUCGGCGUGACGCCCGAGGUCAUCCGCCGGGUGCUGAAGAGCCGCUUCUGCCCGUCGGCCGAGCGGGGCCUGAAGCAGGACGCCCGCGCCGGCGCCCGCCCGCGAAGUCGCCCCGGGAGCGCUGAGCCUGCCGUCCGCCCCGGAGCUCCGCCCGGACUGUCGCCAGAGGGGGAGGCCGCCUCCCGGGACCCCCCGCCCGGGAGCCGCCCAGGGAGCCCGUGGCUGAGCAGGGGAAGAAGCGGCGCGGCGGAGCCCGGCGAGAACUAGAACCGAGGGGGCCCCGUCGGCCCGGCCGGCCGGCUGAGGGCCAAAGAGCUUCGUCCACGAAUCGGCCGAAGAUUGUAGGGAGAGGAAUGGGAGAGGCCGCCGUGUCUGCCUCCUCUCCGUUCCUUGGGCUUUUGAAACGAUGUGGGAAUAGUUCUAGGCCGGGGGUCUGCAAACUGGGCUCCCGGAGUUCCUCAGCCAGCUUUGCUGGGAGUUGAAGGCCACAAGUCUUAAAAAGAGCCCAGUCUGCAGACCCCAUUAGGGCAGACAGAAGAGCCCCCUGGCUGGCCCUGCGCUCUCUUGGAGGGAAAGCGCCCAAAUAAACUCCGUGAUCCACAAC